AAAUGAACCCACUUCCCCUGAGAGAGAACGCAAGGAGACUAAUGGCUUAGUGACACUUUUGAAUUUUAGGUCAUUUGAAAUCUUCGAUCAUGGAGCACCUAAUGCUAUACCUACAUGGAGAUAGGAGAACAUACAGUGGACUAUUAGAAUAGCAGAACAUGUAUCUACAGAGAAGUAGAAAGGGACAAGAAACAAUGUGUUUUGACGUUUUGAAAAAAAAUAAGAUUAAUAUCUAUACAGGAAGUAGGAAGUCAGAUACAGAACAGUUUUAGUGUGACUGACAGACAGGAGAUUUACAGCAAAACCCUUAAUGGAUGUGUGUGUGCUGUGUGUAUGUGAGUACGUGCGUGCGUUUUUGUUGUGAAGUGAGACACUGACCUUUCCUAUGAAGGAGGGAGAAUGUCUCUCAAGCUACCUCGGAACUGGGACUUCAGCACCCUCAAAGCUGAAACCGCCAGAAUAGCGCGGUCUAAGAGUGUGAUGCCUGGAGAGGGCAACCCUGGGUCAGGCUCGCCCGGCUCCAACACCAGGUCCAUGGAGAGGCCACUGAAGGCCGGCUGGCUGAGGAAACAGAGGUCCAUCGUGAAGAACUGGCAGCUGCGUUACUUUGUGCUGAGAGGGAGCACACUGACCUACCAUAAAGAUGAAAAAGAGGGGAGUGUCCAGGGAGUCAUCCAACUGAGGUUCAGUAAAGUAAAUGAGCUCCCACUGAACCAAGAUGACCUAGGGAAAUUCCUGUUUGAGAUCAUGCCGCGCAGCAGUGGUGAUCGGGAGCGGUGCCCCUACAUUCUCAUGGCCAACUCCCACAGUGAGAUGGAUGAGUGGGUCCGCACGCUGCGCAGGGUGGUUGGAGCACCCUCUAGUGGAGCGAUAUUUGGCAAGAGCUUGGGUGAUACUGUGACCUAUGAGCAGCGGUUUGGCCCCCACAUGGUGCCCAUCCUGGUGCAGAAGUGUGCUGAAUUCAUCAGAGAACACGGACUGAGUGAGGAGGGCAUCUUUAGACUGCCGGGACAAGACAACACCGUCAAACAGUUCAGGGACGCUUUCAACGCCGGAGAGAGACCUUCCUUCCCCAGUGACACAGAUGUCCACACAGUGGCGUCGUUGUUGAAGUUGUACCUAAGGGAUCUGCCUGAGCCAGUGGUUCCUUGGACACAGUACCAAGACUUCCUGGACUGCAGCCCCAUGCUGGACCCCAACAGUGCUGCAGGUCGUGAAAGACUGGAGAAGCAGAUCACCCUCCUUCCUAGACCCAACUAUAACCUCCUCAGCUACAUGUGCAGGUUCUUAUUUGAGGUGCAGCAAAACUCCAAGGUGAACAAGAUGAGUGUUGAAAAUCUGGCCACGGUCAUUGGGAUCAAUCUGCUCAAGCCCCAGAUCGAGGACCCCAUCACUAUGAUGACGGGUACUCCUCAGAUCCAGAAGUUGAUGACAGUGAUGAUCAGACAGCAUGAGGCUCUGUUUCCUCCGUCUAAAGACGUGGCUCCUUCACCCCCCAGCAAGAAGAGUGAGAGCAAGAAGAACAGUGCUCCACGCAGCUUUGUGGGCUGGGAGUCUGCUGAGUGUGAGGGCUUUCAAUCAGAGUCUCCAGAGGAGGAGGAGGAGGAGGACACAGACACCCUGGGGGCCGAGCCAGUUACCAUCUCCAUCCCCCAGCAGCCCCUCUCCCCCUUCUCAUCCUCAGACUUGGACCCCUUGUCUGUAAGCCCCCGCAAACGCACCCAGACCCUGCCUACUUUGAACUGCCCUGUCCCGGGGAGUGGGAGGGCCGGCAAGCUGGAGGCCAUGAACCGCUGGAGCCGCAUCCAGGAGAGCAGCGAGGAGAAUGGAGAGAAGACUCUCUCAGAGGACAUCUUUAAGAUCCUGGACCUGCAGAAGACGUCUCUGUUCGGAGGCGCCCAGAAGGACUGGGAGGACAGAGGGACGGCCAGGAGAGGAAGUGACAUCACAGUCACCUAUGAUGACAUCACAGCCAUCUCUUCCAAACCCAGCAAUGACCCCCGGCAAAAGUCUCAGUCCACGACCCCUGAGAAGAAGACAAAGGCCAGUACAGCUGUGGUUCCAUCUUCAGCCCUCCAAUCAGACAGCAAGGCUGACCAGCAGGAGGACAGCCAGGGAAACUCAGAGCACCCCAGUACUAGCCUGCAGCAGAGGAACAAAGAGCUGAGUGCCACAGUAGCAGAACUGCAGUCAGCUCUGGACGCAGAGAAGCGCUGUGUGUCCGCUCUGGAGAUCCGGCUGAGGAACGCGGAACACAGCCGAGACGAGGCCCAGAGACGUAAGCAGGAGCUGGACCAAGAGAUACAUCAGUUCCUCAGCAGAGAACCACAAGGGCCUACUUAGAACCAUGAGGGCCAACUUAGAACCACGAAGGGGCCAACCUAGAACCACGAAGGGGCCAACCUAGAACCAUGAAGGGGCCAACCUAGAACAACAGGUCCAACCUAGAUCCAAUAGCUCCCCACCAGGGAACCAUGAAGCCUACCUAGAACAUAGAACUGCCUAUAGCCUUAAGUUAUCAACGAGAUCCCACAAUAAAGUAUAUGGAUAUUUAACAUAGAGAUCUCUAAACUGUAACAUAACAUAGAGAUCUCCAACAUAGAGAAGAAAGCCCAUCCCAGUGGACAUCACAGCCUCAUGCAGAUACCUGACUAUAGGCCACCUGCUGUUCUACGAGAGGUAGAGAGUCAGUGUCUUGGCCAGAGCUGUAACUCUGGCUGGGACCUGGAACAUGUUGCUACAGAUGCAGGAUCUUAAUUUGACAAUAUUCUCAGUGGGAAAAUAAUCCUGCAUUAACAGGAAAUGUGAAUUCUUGUGUGGAUUAUAAUUAAUGGACAUUUUUGUAGGGGGUGAUACAUUUUUUGUUAGGGCAAGUCAAGUCUGAAAUUUUCAAGUGGACAUUACAAACUUUAGAAGCCUUUUUAAACCUUGAAUACACUAUAAGUUUGCAUUUCCUGCUGUGCAUAAACUGUCCUGCAAGAACAGGGUGAUCAAAUUAAGAUCCUAUAUCUGUAAGUUUGUUUGUUGAGAAAACCCAUGGGUAAACUCUUUAGUCAAACCAGCAAUUGUGUUGACUACACUUCACAUUUUAUAAACACAAAAUGAGGAAUACUGUGACUGUAUAUGAAUGGCCUUUGCUCGGUGUAGCUGAUUAUGUAGUAUGGAUGUGAUGUGCAGUAGCCUAUACAAUGCUGAUAGUUGUUGACCAUGCCGGCUCCGUUACAUUUAUAUUCUCAGAUGAUUAGAGCAUGUACAUGAAAUAGCAGGUUGUGCAUAAUGUCCAGGUUAAGAGAAUGUCCACGACAAUUGGACUAUAAUGGUCUGUAUAAGUAUUUUGGCCAGGAUUCAAUUCACAGCGCAGUGCGCUGAAAGCCAACUUUGCAGUUUUUAAUUAAAUACAUGUUACCUACAUUCGCGGAGAUCGUAUUCACGCUAAACGCUGUGAAUGUGACUCAAUUGUUAAGGUUUGAAUCCUGUUUAUAUUUUGUUUGACCAGACAUUAAUAAAAGAGGAACAGAAUAAGA